AUGUCUGCCAAAAUAGAUUCGCAAAUGCGCCCCGAGGGGGAGCUGCGCGCUGAGAAUGACGUCUCAACGGGCGUGGUGGAUGAUACGACACUCCUGGCCGAGCUGGGAUACAAGCAAGAGCUACGGCGACAGUACUCGACCCUGGAGAUCUUCGCGGUUGCGUUCAGCAUCAUGGGCUUAGUGCCUUCGAUCGCGUCCACGCUCGCUUUUUCCCUCCCAGCGGGGCCAGUAGGGAUGGUGUGGGGGUGGCUCACUACGAGUAUACUUAUCUUCGUUGUCGGUCUUGCGAUGGCGGAUAUGGCUUCUGCGAUGCCUACGGCGGGAGGCCUGUACUGGUGGACGCAUUACUUCGCGGGUGAGAAGUACAAGAACGCCUUGAGCUUCCUCGUCGGAUACAGCAAUACCCUUGGCUUGAUCGGUGGCAUUUGUUCCGUUGAUUAUACGCUUUCGCUCCUGGUACUCGCAUGCGUCUCGAUCGCUCGUGAUGGACAAUGGUCUGCCUCUAACGGGAUCAUUUACGGGGUCUAUGUAGGCGUGGUCCUCUUGCACGCCGUCUGCGCCGUCUUCGCCGGACCCGUCAUGCCGAAGAUCCAGAUCUUCUCGAUCGUCGUCAACGCCGCCAUGAUCGUCGCGACAGUCGUCGCUCUUCCCGUCGGCAAAGUGCGCCGGGGCGAGGCCUUGAAUCCCGCAUCGUAUAUCUUCGGCCACGUCGAGAACCUCACUGCCUGGCCGACCGGGUGGGCUUUCAUCCUGUCCUUUCUGGCGCCCAUCUGGUCCAUCGGCUUCUUCGACUCGUGCGUCCACAUGAGCGAGGAAGCGCUGCAUGCCGCACGCGCAGUGCCACUGGGAAUUCUCUGGUCGGCCGGGUGUGCUUGUGUCCUUGGAUUCCUGGUUCUGACUGUGAUCGCCGCGUCGAUGAACCGGGACGUCAGCGCAACAACAGGCUCCGUGUUCGGCCAGCCAAUGGCGCAGAUCUACUACGACGCGCUCGGGAAACGGGGCGCUCUCGGCUUCACCGGCGUGUUGAUCGUGAUCCAGUUCCUGGUUGGGCUGAGCCUGAUCGUAGCCGCGUCCCGCCAAGCGUGGGCCUUCUCGCGCGACGGCGCCCUCCCCUUCUCGCGCUACUUCCGACACGUCAGCAAACGCAAACACCUCCGCUACCAGCCCGUGCGCGCCACGGUGAGCCUCGCCGCCGUCUGCAUCGUCUUCGGACUCCUCUGCCUCAUCAACUCCGUCGCCGCCAACGCGCUCUUCUCGCUGUUCGUCGCGAGCAACUACGUUGCCUGGGGCACGCCGAUCCUGUGCCGGGUGAUCUGGAGCAAGACGCGGUUCCGACCGGGGGUCUUCCACACGGGGCUGCUGAGCCGGCCGAUUGCGUGCGUCGCGACACUGUGGUUGGUAUUUGGGCUGGUGUUGUCGAUGUUUCCCAGUGGGGGGCCGAAUCCGCGUCCCGAGGAGAUGAACUACACGAUUGUUAUCAAUGGGUUCGUGUGGGUUGCGUGCAUGGCGUAUUACUUUCUAUUUGCGCGGCGCUGGUUCACCGGGCCCAAGGUGACGGUUGAGGUUCCAGCGGGCGAGGUGUUAUCUGACGAGAAGCAUGCUUGA